AAGAGACGGGAAAGCCCCAGCAGGUUAAUUAUUCACGGAAAGUCUGUUGGUUUUGGUCACAGAUCUUUGUCUGUUUCCAUCUGGACUGUCGUUUUGGGUUAUUGGGGAAUUGAGAUUUCCUGCAUUUCAGUUUAGGGCCUCUUGGAGGUGGUGACUGCUGCGGAUGAAAAGCCAGACUGUCAGCAAGAAUGCUGUUUAUUAUGGUGUUGAAAUCACAAAACCUUGGGUUUGCUCCACAGUUCAGCUCCAUUUUGUUAUCUCCGUGUAGCUUUGUCCCUGCAUGCAAUGUCUGUCUGUAGAGAGACCUUCUGGGAUAUUGGAAAGCUUUGCGAAAGCUGUUUGCUCUGCUGAUUUCAUGCAGUAAACGAGUUCCUCUUCCUUUGAAACAUUAGCCCUGUGUUAGCAAAACAUAAACUAGACGGAAGCUCAUUAUGCACUCUUCUAAUGGGGCCAGCCCGCAUCAUUUGUUGGAAGUACAUAUUGGCUGAAGUCAGUUUUCAUUUCAAGAUGCUCUCUUCCGAUGGGCUUUUGGUGUAGGAUGUUGGAGAACCAAGAACUGGAGGAGGUGAUCACAGUGCGAGUCCAGGACCCCAGGGUGCAGAAUGAAGGCUCCUGGAACUCUUACGUGGAUUAUAAGAUAUUUCUCCAUACGAACAGCAAGGCCUUUACUGCCAAGACCUCCUGCGUGCGACGGCGCUACCGUGAGUUUGUGUGGCUGAGGAAGCAGCUACAGAGGAACGCCGGUUUGGUGCCUGUUCCGGAACUUCCUGGGAAGUCCACUUUCUUUGGUGGCUCUGAUGAGUUCAUUGAGAAGCGACGUCAAGGUCUCCAGCAUUUCCUGGAAAAGGUCCUGCAGAGCGUGGUUCUUCUGUCAGACAGUCAGUUGCAUCUCUUCCUCCAAAGCCAGCUCUCAGUGCCCGAGAUCGAAGCCUGUGUCCAGGGCCGGGGUGCAAUGACGGUGUCUGAUGCCAUUCUUUCCUAUGCGAUGUCGAACUGUGGCUGGGCCCAGGAGGAGAGGCAGAGCACCUCUCACCUGGCUAAAGGAGACCAACUCAACAGUUGCUGCUUUCUUCCAAGAUCAGGGAGGAGGAACUCCCCUUCACCACCUCUCAGUGAAGAGAAGGAGCACUUAGAAACGUGGGCUCCAGUGAUCGACUCUGAGGGCCCAUCCUUAGAAAGCCCCAUGCUGCCCCCCAGCUCCUCGCCAGCCCGCUGUGAACCUGCAAGACCCGAUGAAGGACGCUCUGUGGCCCAGCCUGUGAAAUGGGCUGUGGCAGCGGACCAUACUGUGCCUUCGGAUCCUGGUCAGACAGACACAGUGUGGGGAAAGUGAGCUGUGGCUGAUCUUAUUCUCCUGGAUGGUGGGGAAGAUGCCACGGUCACAUUCAGGUGGCAUUGGGGGCAGGGCAGGUGUCGGGAAAGCUGGGUCGUUAAACAACUUCCAUUCAAAUCUACUCAGGUUUGUUAUGCAGAGGUUGUGGCUGCCUGUUAUAUCUCCUCCAUGGGAAUAAAUGCCACACUGGUGUUUGUGCGUUACGCACAGGGCCCAGAAGGUGUUGGUUUUAAAUAGAACUGUAUUUACUUUCCCAGGAAGUGAGUUUCUUCAGGUGUUUGUUUAAAGAGAACUGUCACAGCUGAAUGUUUGGGGAACCCCUUGGCAGAUUUUUAGCUGCCAUGUUGAACAUUGUCCCAACAGAAAGUUUCUGUCGUUCUCUUCCCUUUGUGGCAGGCUUCGGUUUUCGCUCCAAGCCCUGGAGCAUUUUGGUUCUGGGAGGCUGAUCUCUUUCCUGCCUCCUUGUGUGGACAGAGUGGUGAAGACGUAUUCCCCACCUUCUUGCCUUCCAGUAGAUGGCCAUGGUGUGACUAUUUGCUGAGGUUUCCAGCAUCUUCCAGGACCUUGCCAGGUUGAGUGGGGCCUGAGAGCUUUUAGGCAGUUAAAGCCUAUCCAGGCAAAGUGGCCACGGCACUUUUGGGAAAGGCACAGGUCGGAGGUGUGGCUUUGGCAGAGGCCGCUCUAGGCUGCCCAUCUUUUGCUUAUAAAGCAGAGCUAGUGUUUCUGCAGGGUGAAGGUGGGCUCCCUUCUUUUUUAGAUCCCUUUCCUCUCUUAAUAACAACUCCUUACCUCCAGGGCUUUGGCUGCCUGGGCCUACUGCUGCUUUUUUGUUAGUGGGGCGCACAGGCUCUGCUUCAGCCUGGAAGUGAGGGCUCUGGGGAUGGAGGUGAGGAGGCAGAAGCUGUCCUUCAGAUGGGCGUGCAGCUUGGGUGGGCUGGGCUCACCUUGCUGCUGCUGCUGUGCUCUCGGGUUUGUGUGUCUUUCUCUCCCUCUGGCUGUCCACCCCGGCUGUGGUACUACUGGCCUGCAUUGUGGGAUUGUCAUGGCAUUUAGUUCAGAGUUGAGGGGCUUUGGCCUGAAAUAAAAUGCAAGUAUUUAA